AAAAAUUUACAUUUUUGCAAAGCAACGCCUUCGAAAACUACUGGAAAUUUUUAAUUUGACCUCCUAAAUGCACCUGUUUCACUUUUCUAUCAGAAAAGAUGGUGAUGUCAAAAAUUGGAGCACUUUUACUAGUUUUACUACUUCAAAGGUUGUGUCAGACAGAAAAAAAACAUACAUCAUUGUAAAUUAAUGUAAAUACAACACAUUAAAUUGCGACGCAGAAAAAUCUGAAAAAUUUAUUCAAACAAAACGGUGCAAAAUGUUUUUAGAAUUUUGUAUAUUAUUCUUAGAUAUGAUAUCAAUAGACGUAGGUAUGUAUAGACCUGAAUUUUGGGGGAUGCCUACAAUAUGUUUGGGCCCUCUCUUGUAGGUACAUAUUAAUCAGUAGUUAUAUAAUUACUUUCACCAAGUUUUAUAUAUUCCCCCCUUGGAUCAAAUAUCCAUUUCUAAGAUAAUUGCAAUUUUUAUUUAUUACUCGUACUUUUGUAGUCAAUAACAGUUAAUAACAUCGCUGUUAUAAUCAUAAUAAGUUAUUCCACGAAAAUUUAAAAUAUUUCACGUUUCAUUAUUUUUUAUAUUACAAAACACGAUAUAUUUUUUACAACAUAUUUUAGAAAAAAUUACAUUCUAUUCUAGUAACAUCAAUAUUGAAAUGCAGGCCCCCUAUGCUCUGGGACUUGUAUAUUUUAGUAGCUCAAUUACAAAAUAUCAAGGGGUGCCAGACACACCAGGCGCCACCCCCCGUUCACACGUCUAUGCGUAUAGGUAAUUUACGUUUCAAUGGCGGAUCCAGGGGGCGGGCAAAGGGGGCAUUUGCCCCCCCCCCCAAUCGCCGUAGUUUUCCUUUGUUUUACACUGUGUUUAGCCAAUUUUGGAAUUUUUAUACUUUUGCCCCCCUCCCCCAUUCCCCUCCCAAAAUUAAGCCUUGGAUCCGCCACUGUUACGUUUCGGCUAUGUUUUUAGGAUUAUUAUCCCACUUCCACUGCGUGGGUAGUCAUCGUUUAAUCAUUACGAUAAUGACCUAAGAAGGCCGGGAUCGACGCUAUAUUUCAUCAACGUCGACUGUUCGUUUCGCGUUAAAGGGUGCGGCUGCGGAUCACGGUCCGGGGACCGGGACUUACCGAGAGGGUCAUGGUUGGCAGGAGGCGGGUGGUGGCAAGUCGUAGGCGAUUCGUAUUUUAUUUUUAUACGCACGCGCACAAUAUAGUUCAAAUAAUAAUAAUAAUAAUAAUAAUAAUUCUUCUUAUUAUUAUCAUCAUCAACACGCGCCAGCGCGGCACCGUCGCCGGCGCUACACUACCGCUAUACUCGGCGGUACUGUACGAUCGCACACGUGCUGCUCCUAUAUUACCGCAGCCGGUGAUGCUGCCGCUUUAUUAUUAUUAUUAUUAUUAUCAUCGUCGCUAUACAUUACGAUUUAAUCGUUAUUCUUUAGUCUUACACGCGCGCCUUUAGCGUGCGACGUGCGUGUGCGUGUUGCCGUCGCCGCGUUACUAUACAAAGUUGACGGUCUGACAACAUAUUAUUAUUAUAUGAACAUACCUAAUCUCAAAGUCAAACGAAAUCACGCGUCGCGUGUGUACUGCAGUGUCCGUAAUAUUUUCAAAUAACAAUCCAGUCGAUAUUAUAAUGUUAUUAUCAUUACACAUUUGCACAAGUGAUAUAUUAUUAUUCACUGCAGCAGUGCUGGACGACGGUCAUACGACGUUAUGCAUUUUUUUUGAAAUUACUGUUAUGACGAUGAUAAUCAUUGGUGAUUGUGAAAUGUUGUAAAAUCGUAUUUGGUUGAUUUCGUCGUAAUCGCAGUCCACGAGUCCACCAAAUCGCCCGCGUCGCAUCUAUUCGCGCCGUCCGGUCCGAGCGAAGUCCAACACGCGGAUUGUAAUCUCCGUUGUUCGUCGUCGCCGGUAAUACACUACGUACGCGUCGUCAUUACAACCAUACCUAUUUCUGUCGUCGGUCACCGCUGAACGUGCGACGGCGACUGCCACCGCGCACCGCCGAAUACGAAAAUAAACGCGUUCGAGAGUCAAGUCGACUGCUCCCGGGCACACGUCGGCCCGCUGCCGUAAGCACUAAUAAUAAAACGGACCCGAACGCGGACGGGCGCGCCGACGACGACGUUUCUGUUUGUUACCACCGCCGCCGCCGCCGCCCGAUGUAUUUCGCCGCUAAUACCGUUGUUGUUAAUAAUAAUUAUCAUAUUAUUAUUCAUUUCGUGCGUAGGUAGUGUAGCGCUGUACAGUGUUUUUUUUUUUUUAUAUUAUCGUCUCCGUUUCCGCUCGACGCUAUCGGACCGGCUGCAAUACGUCGUGAUUCAAUCGUACAACAAACACUCCGGUACAUUACGACAUAGAAUUAAUAUCGUUUAAAUAUAUAUUUUUUUAUAUGCACAAUUAUUCAGAUCUAUCUAUGUCACAGUUAAAAAAAACUAUACGUCUAUUAUUCGAUCCAUGUGUGGUAUUGUCUUGACGCCUAUUAAUAUUAUACCAUAACAGUCAAUAGCAUAGUAAUUAUACUCGUAAUUAAUAACUAUUAGCUGAUAAUAAGCGUGGUCGCGAUAAUGGAAUGCCGUCGGACCGUUGUUACCGGCGGAGUGUUGCGAUCGCCUCCGUCCGUGUCCGCUGCACCGCUGACGAUAGCUGCGAACCCGAACGUCAUGCGACACAGGAGCCGCCGUCAUAGUCGACCGUACGAUUGUGGUGACGAUAUUGUCGACGAGUACAACAACAACAACAACAACAACAGUAACGUAACAGCCGUGACCACGAUAAACAACACGACUCACCUCAUCGACGAGUUGGAACAACUGCGGACCGACAAUUUUCAGCUCCGGUUGCGCGUCUACAACGCCGAGCGACGGGUAGACAGGCUGUCGGCAGCCGCAGUUGCGCGAGACCGGAAAAAGCGCAGCGACUACACCGAUACCGACAGCGACGACUCCGACGCUAGUAGUGGUACCGACCACAAUAACGCCGCGGCGAAAGCGACCGCCGAGGCGGCCGUGCGCACCAUCCACGACUUGCUGACCGUCAACCGGCGAUUGCUGGCACUACUGGCGGCCACAGUGUCAGCCAAAGCGGUGUCCGUGUCCACCGACGACAAACGACGCUGGCAGCGACUGCGAAAUCACAUCGAAGAAUACGCCGUAGACGACCAGCACGAAGAGAAGACAAACGAAGACGAAAACGACGAAUUUCAUGACGCAUCUGCAACGGACUCCGAGACGUCGUGCAAAGCGCGGGUACUGUCCGCGGAGCGUUCGGUGACAAGACAGAACGUUCUACGUUCGCCACCACCGCCACCACAGCCACCACCAUCCACACAACUCGAGACCGCGGGGGUACAGGACGACGAGGGUGCUGGUUCUGAGGUGUCGCGUCUGCGGGGGCGGUGCAGACGGCUGGAGCGGUCACUACAACAGUUGGUCAACACGGAACUGUGGGCUCGGAACCGGCAGAUCGGAAAGCUCGAGCAGCAACGGUACGUAACGCAGGUGGCCGACGCGGCCGCGCAGAGAGACAGGAGACCAGCCGAGCAUGUGGCAGCUCCACCACAGCAACAAUAUCUGCAACAGUUUCCUUCGAAAGCCGCGGCGUCGACUGCUUUGCCACCAGCGACCAAAGGAAUCUUGGUAAUUCGGUCAGCCGCGGAGACACCAUACGCCGCAAAAUUACCAGCAGCUGCCUGUACAGAAUCGCAGACUGCAGCAGCGUCAUCGCCACCGAAGGUAGCCACCAUCACGACGCCGCCGCCAGUGUUGCCGGACUACUCGGAAGUUAACUUUUUUUUUAGCUGCGACGAAGAAGAUGACGACGACGAUGAUGACCACGACCGCCGAGAAAACUCCACUGAGACCAAAUCAUCGUCAGAAGAGGAGACUGUGGAUUCGAACGACUGCAAGGGUGACCAAGAGCCUGUGCGGUUAGCUGCGGUCGUCGCUCCGUUGGCGUCGUCGACGAGUACGCGGAAACGUCACUGUCGACCGCAUCAUCGGCUAAUGCAACAGCCAACUAAGGGCGUCGGCGAUUCGGCGACCGUUACUACGACGACGUCCUCGUCAACGGAGUCUGCGGCCGCGGAAGAGGAGGCGGACGAAUUGAACGGCGACGGCGUUAUUAUGACGACGACGGCCGCUACGUCACCCUGCACCACUCGACGUCAUCGGACCGUAAGUGGUGGCGGCGGUUUGCAUAGAAGGCGGCGGUGCAGGCCGCCGCGUCGGUGUUCGACUUGCGGCCGUUGCAGUGGCGGCGUGGACGCGGCCGCGGCGACGACAGAUCGUCCAAGGCCGCCGUCCGCGGCUGACGCGCAAGUGCAGUGCGGUGACGGAAACGUGACAAUUGACCAUGGCUGCAAUAGUGAUCGUGGCGACGGCGAACUGCAGCUGCAACAGUUGCGCCGGGAACUGGACGCCCGGCGGCGUGAAAACGGUCGACUGUACGACAUGUUACUGAGACUACAACGCGGAACGCGACCGGGCGACCGGGGAAAAGGUGACGGUGGCCCUAGGAUUCCGUCUCCCGACUUCUCGGACUCGGAUCCAUGUGGUUCGCCCGAACCGUACCGGCGGGCUGCCGGAGUGGUCCGCGGCCGCAUUGCUGACCUGUUGCCGCCGCUCCUGUCCAUGCGGUCGAUUUCAGACGAUGACGACGACGGCGACGGUGGUGACAGAAGCCAUCAACGGUACCGGCCGGACGGUGCGGAACAACAACAGCAACAGCAACAACAACAGCUGCAGUUACUCACCCGUCUCAGGGAACGCAUAGUGGCGUACGAACGGCGUGAACUUAAUGGCGGUGACGACCGCGCAGCUGCUGUCGCGCAGCAGUCGGCCGACCCGUCGGAUGACGCAGUCCGCCGCAUGGACCGCACCGAUCUGGUGAACGUGGCGCUUCCGCGGGUCGUAGAACGGCUCCGCCGGGCGCUCGUGCCGCUGUUGCAGCAUCGGCCGGAAAAUGCUGCAGCUGCAGCGUCGGUCCGUGGUGGAUCGGUAAACGGGGGCGGUGAUUUCGUCAUCGAUGGCGCACGAUCACUGCCGCCGAGUGGAGGACGAUGACAAAGAUUUUAUACGUAGCACCAUCCCUUACCACCUGUACAUUAUAUUUUGAAUACCGUUUAAAUAUUUUGCCGAACGACCUUGACGCUUCCAACGGAAAUCGUAUAAAAUUAUGCUUUCGGUUUCGUGGGGUGGUUAUUCAGUUUUUGUUUUUUAAUAUUAUAUGUAUUCUUGCUGUUCACGUUUGUUUUAUAUAUAUAUAUAUAUAUAUAUUAUGACACUUAUAAAUUUUUAUACGCUAAAUAACUAUAUAAUUAUUAUUAUAAUUUAUAAAUUAUUACAUCUUACGAUGUUUAUUGCAAUAUUUGUACCUGUAUACUAAUAUAUCUAUACGGCUAUAUACUAAUAUAGUAAUUUGCCAAAAGAAUUAUUUCGUCACGUGUGCCAAAAACAAAAAUCAUUUUUUGUACCUUUUCUAAUGAAUAAUGAUUACUGCCUGGUAUUGUAUAUUAUAUUCUACCUACAUUUUUUUUAUAAAUUAUUAAUGGGUAGACAGUAGACACUAGGUGCAACAUUUAAAUUUUUAUUGUAUUGACUAUUUAUAUAAUAUACGCAUAAAUAUAUUAUACUUAAACAA